GCCUAAAUAUAUCGUUGCUAACGGUCAUAUGUCUCAGACGUCUUCUAGAAUUCGUGGUGUGUAGUUGUUCUGGUUUAUAAAAGUCUUGAUACCACCAUCAUGCGUGAGAUUGUACAUCUACAAGCCGGCCAGUGCGGCAACCAGAUCGGUUCUAAGUUCUGGGAGGUGGUUUGUGAUGAACACGGAAUCGACCCUACCGGUACCUACCAUGGCGACUCUGAUCUCCAGCUCGAGCGUAUCAACGUCUACUACAAUGAGGCCACCGGCGGCAAGUACGUUCCACGAGCCGUGCUCGUCGAUCUCGAGCCAGGCACCAUGGACUCGACCCGUUCAGGUCCUUUUGGUCAGAUCUUCAGACCAGACAACUUCGUCUUUGGUCAGAGCGGAGCAGGGAACAACUGGGCCAAGGGACACUACACAGAGGGCGCUGAACUGGUGGACUCUGUCCUUGACGUCGUACGCAAAGAGGCCGAAAGCUGUGAUUGUCUUCAGGGAUUUCAACUUACCCAUUCUUUGGGAGGCGGCACCGGUUCCGGCAUGGGAACACUUCUGAUCGGCAAGAUCCGUGAGGAAUACCCAGACCGCAUCAUGACCACAUUCAGUGUGGUCCCAUCUCCUAAGGUGUCUGACACUGUUGUUGAACCCUACAACGCAACCCUGUCAGUCCACCAGCUGGUUGAAAACACAGAUCAAACCUUCUGCAUCGACAAUGAAGCUUUGUACGAUAUCUGCUUCCGUACAUUGAAGCUUACCACACCCACCUAUGGUGACUUGAAUCAUCUUGUAUCUGUGACCAUGAGUGGUGUCACAACAUGUUUGAGGUUCCCUGGACAGUUGAACGCAGAUCUGCGCAAACUGUCAGUGAAUAUGGUCCCCUUCCCCCGUCUUCAUUUCUUCAUCCCUGGCUUUGCUCCUCUCACAAGCCGUGGUAGCCAGCAGUAUCGCGCCCUCACUGUUCCAGAGUUAACUUCGCAGAUGUUCGACGCCAAGAACAUGAUGGCAGCCUGUGAUCCUCGUCACGGUCGCUACCUGACUGUCGCCGCCAUGUUCCGUGGACGCAUGUCAAUGAAGGAGGUCGACGAACAGAUGCUAAAUGUUCAGAACAAGAAUAGCAGCUACUUCGUCGAAUGGAUCCCGAACAACGUCAAGACCGCUGUCUGUGACAUCCCACCACGUGGUCUGAAGAUGGCAGGUACUUUCAUCGGCAACAGCACUGCCAUCCAGGAGCUCUUCAAGCGCAUCUCUGAGCAGUUCACCGCUAUGUUCAGACGCAAAGCCUACCUCCAUUGGUACACUGGUGAGGGUAUGGACGAGAUGGAGUUCACCGAGGCUGAGAGCAACAUGAACGACUUGGUGUCCGAGUACCAGCAGUACCAGGAUGCCACCGCCGAAGAGGAGGGCGAGUUUGAUGAAGAAGAAGAGGAAGAGGAAGAACCAUAACUUUCUUUGAUGUCUCUUUAUAACCUCUGAUAAGUUUUAACAUCAAAACAACAGAGGAUCACGCUCAUUCGUAUCAUCAGAUGAUACAAAUUUUACUUAGUUUUUAGCCUGGAAGGAAUUAAUCCCUUCAAAUGCUAGAGCGCCGUAAUGGCAACCAUGCUAAAGCCAGGGUAAUUACUGGGAGCGCCAGGAGUGUUAGGUCUGACAGACAUUAGAGCUAUACAAGAACUCUAAUAUCAUUAUUAUUAUUAAUAUUAUUAUUUUAACUUUUGUAGCCGCUCUUUAUGUAUCUGUCCACAAACCGCAAAUAAAAACGACUCUAUUCUUUUCGUAAA